CCCAUCUUCAUACAAAAGAAAGAUUUUACACAAAACCAGACCAGCAAUAAUGCGAUCAAAACUAAAAGACUAAUAUUUGAUAAGGGCCUACCAAAGAACAAGAUCUAUAAUGUCUAAACGUCAACGAGAUGGGCUUGAUGGCAAUUUGAAAAAGGCUGCUAAAAAUCGGUUUAGGAAGCUGGUUCGAACUGUAAUACUUAACAUGCAGUGGCUAAAUGAGGCAACUGAGGACACGGGACUUUCGCUUAAUGUCAAAAAGAACGUUGCUAUGUUGGUGCGUCAGAAGCGCAAAGUUGGCAUGAUGACCAUGGCCGAAAAAUCCCUGCUGCGCACUCCACAUUCUACGCGUACCGUAGAGGAGAGGAAAAAGCUGUGCAACAUUCUUGCAAACUUAGCAUGCUUUUCAAAGUUCCCACCAAAAGUACGCGCCCGUCUAGUUCCAUAUGUCAAAUUUAUGGCAGUCAGUCCCGGACGCGUAAUCAUGAAGGAGGGAGAUUUUCCGAUUACAAUUUACUUUAUAAUCGCCGGAGAAGUUGAAAUGACUAGAAGCGUUUUAAAUAAGGCCAAAAAGGGUUAUGUGGUGCAAUCAGAUGCUAUCUUUGGACCCGGUGAUUGUAUUGGCGACAUCGACGUUAUGGAAGACGCUCCAAGAACCAACACAUACAUUGCCACAACUAAUUGCGAGCUACUGGCUGUAUUUAACACAAACUACAGAGUUGUCCUCCAACCUUUUAUGCAAAAGCUGUGGCAGGAAAAAAACGCCCUGCGUGCCCUAGACUAUUUUCACUUUCUUAACGAAGAGCAGAUUGUAAACGCCAGUAAGUAUGGAACCAUUCAUCAGUUCGAUCCCUUGGAGACGAUUUACACCGAGGACUUGGGAUCCAUGAGCUUUGUCUAUUUUGUCCUGAGUGGCGAGUGCGUUGUUCUACAGUGUCUUCACAUGAAGGUGAGCACGGUAAACAGGGAGAAAGUAUUUGAGCUGGCAAUGGUGCCCAAAAAGGAGAGCGGAGCCCUUUCGGUGGAAGAUGGUUCCAAGUCCACCGCCAAUAAUGAACGAAUUUUUGACGCAAACGAGUACAUGCAAUCCACUUCAUCGCUAGAUGAGAACGCACAGAGCAAGAAAAGGGGGCUACGCAAAAUGGGUCUAAAGGAGAUUCAGCGGGCUUGUGCCGAUAUGAAAAAAGGUCCGCCAAGGAGAUCCACCAAGGAUCAAGGACGUCUCAGACAACGGCAAAGACUGCGGCAGCGGGAGGUUGAAUGUCAAGAAGAGCGGGACGAGUAUGAGUUCUACUUAAUGGGCGGGGGCGAAGGCGAAGAAAGUAAUGUUGCCUUCGAGGAGUUGGUCGAGGAACGAGAAAGUGAAAAAUCUAUGAGGCAUUCGCCAUUUUUGGAGAUAAGCGAAAUGGUCGUAGAAAGCGAAACGACAAAGGGUUCGGAAAUAUUCACCGCCUCGUCCACUUCACUUCAUCCCACUGUAGAGGACACAAAUCCUACCGAGCACUAUGAAACGCACUUCAUUGACGUUGGCUCACUUACCUACGGCGGGAUCUUUGGGUUGGGCGAGAAAAUGGAUCAUCGUGUGAUUAUGGCUAGAACAACAGUGCAGUGCAUUCUGAUACCUCGUUUUUGGCUCUUUGAGCCCGCCCAAAAUCCCGGUAACAUUUGGCAACGGCAGCGUUUCUACCUUGAAUGCAACAUUCCAACCAGAGAGGCUUUGUACAAGGACUUUCUUAAGACACGAAAAUGGGAAAAGUUCAGACAUGACUAUAUCCAAAACAUUUUAAAUGCUGACUCAUUGGCCAAUUUUACAAAGGUGGAAGAUAUUCCCCUUAUAAGUCGCGUUGUGGAGACAAAAGCCGACGAUGCGUAACUUGGAUUUUACUUACCAUUCAUUUUUAUAUUUGCAAGUUUCCAGCCUUAUUAAAUAAUUAAUAGUAAAUAAGAUGCUUGAAUGGUGUGUAAUGACAACAUAAAGCUGUGACCAAUCGCAUUUAAGCGCCAACUUUUAAAUCAGAGGGCAUGACUAUUCAAUUUAAAGUAAUUAUUUAUCAAUGAAGACCUUUUAAACUUACUUGUAUGAAAACUUGCAGCAGUUCUAAUAGUUGUAUUAAGUAAGCUCGAUAAUGCAGUUUGUAAAUUGUUUUUGUAUAACUUUUGCUUUUCUUAUCCAUAUUUUCGCAGGCAUACUACGACGGAUAAACAAUUUCGAGAAGUGCCCAAUGUGCCGUUAAAUGAAAAAGUUGAUAAAAAUUAUGCUUUGAAAUACAUAUAUUAUUUCAAAUUUAUGAAUUCUAAGUUUACACCAGAUAUCACAUCUAACAAAAAAAUUGGAAAACAAUUAUUUAGUUCACUUUUUUAAUUGGCCUAUUAGCGGCUUCACCAUCUUUCCAGUUUGGAACUAUGAUUUAUUGAGGGAAUUUUGGAAGAAAGACUUUUUCAAUCAUAAUUUCUUGCACACCAUACACCACAACAAGUUCUUUAAUACUUCCGACUGGCAGUUGGUACUAAAUCAAAAUAAAGUAGCUAACAAAUCAUAUAUAAGCAAAAAUACUGCAAUGAAAUUUAUAAAAUCACUACGCCUUGUAGAGAGAGAACUUAACAUUUUGCGGAGUGGCAUAACCGUUAAAAAUCUACAGAGCUUUUAUAAAAAAAAACAAAUACAAUGUUUUUCACAAUUUAUAACACAACCAACUUACAUCGCAAGAUAAAUAUAAAAGGCCGUGCACGAAUGGUGCGGAAUUCAUCAUAUACCUACAAAACGAAAUCAAAACAUAACUAUGUGAUUAAAAAUGCCCAGAGGAUAGUUUUUUCUAACAAUUCUGUAAAAUCAAAAACUCGGAAAAAAAACGUCAAUAAAUCUACAAACAAA